AUGGAUCCGCCGCUCAUCUCCGUCUGCAUUCGCAAAGAAUCCCACUUCCUUGAUGUGCUGAAUCGCAGCACGGGUUUCGGUGUGCACUUACUGAACGAGGCGAACAAGGACUUCGCCAACGGCUUUGCACGACCAGCGGACAGCACACCAGAGGCCUUCUCCAGCGUUGUGAAGGACUGGGAGCUUGUCUCUCUGUCGAACUUCACUGCGAACAACAAUGGCGCUGCAGCAGGCAGCAGUGAUGCAGCAGCAUCAGCUGAUGCAAGCAGCAUUGUGCCUCGCAUUGGCGGCACAAUGGCAAUGCUGCUGUGCCGCACAUAUGCCAUGCAUGAUGCAGGGGACCAUCACUUGCUUCUUGGUCAAGUGGUAGCGAUGGAUGUUAGUGACUUCCAUCCCCUCAUCUACAUGAACCGCCACUACCACCAGUUGGGCCAUUCCAUCUAG